GGGAGGCUUCUGCCUGGCCACCGCCAACGUGACGUCGCGGGGGCCCUUGAACGAGUACCUCCUUCAGGCGGAUGGACAGACGACCCUGGCGCUGGCCGUGCAGGAGCACCACUGUGCGGCAGGCGUUCUGGCGACGCAGCAGCGGGCGGCCAAGGAUGCUGGCUGGCACGGGGUCUGGAGCGCCGCUACGCCGUCCCCGACAUCGACGACGGGUACGAGCGACGGGGUCGCGGUGUUGGCCCCCGCCAGCAUCCCGUUGACGGGGCCCCCUGGGCGCGACUCGCACGUGCUGGUGCCUGGGCGGCUGGCCGCUGGGCAUGUACGAGCAGGACCUCAAGGAGGCGCGGUGGUGCUGAGCGUGUACCUGCACGUCGGAGAAGGGCUCUCGGCGAACAACCUGGGCAUCAGAUGGCAGCUGGCCCAGUACCUCGGCGUGCUGGAGGCGGAGGGCUACCACUCGGCGGUCAUGGGAGACUGGAACAUGGAGGCGGGCGUCAUGGACUUCGGGUGGAUCCGCAGGCUGCGAGCGCAGAUUCGGGUACCCGACGCCCCCACCUGCAGGCAGGGCAGCGGCUCCAGGAUCGACUACUUCGUGGUGUCCAAGAGCCUGGCUGGCUUUGCGGCGGCACCGCCGCGGCUUGACAGGGGUGCCAGCACGUGGCCCCCCUGGCCCGUCCACCUGCCCCUGCGGGCACUGAGAGUGGAGUCUUGGCAGCAGGUGCUGGAUGAGCCGGGAGCAGUUCCCAGGGAGCCCGCCAAGCCUGGCUGCGCCCGUGGCCCCUGGCGGUGGACGGAGGUGAUGCGAUGCGUCCAGGCCACGCACGCCGACCAAAGCCUGCAGAUCAUCUGGGACCUGUUGCUGGAAGGGAUUGAGACGGAGAUCCUCAACAGGCGGGACCUGGCUGCAGGCUUGGGAUGGGAGAUGGCGCAGUGGAAGCCACCCCAGAAGCGGAAGCUGCGGGGGCCAGAGGCGCACGCCUGGGCGGCGCUGGCUGGGAGGGCGUCCGAGCCCCUCAGCAAACGAGACCGCCUGGGCAAGCUGCUGGCAGCGCUGGACAGCCACCGGCAGGAGGAAGGCAGAAAGGCGGUCGCGGCGAGGGACAAGUGCGUGAAAUCCAUCGCGGCCACCCUGGCGCGCCUCAAGAUGUUCCUGGCGGACAUCGAGAACCAUGUGCACUGGCGGACCAUGCCGCGGUGGACACAACGGCCAUUUGGAGAGAAUUCCAACUGGGCAGAGGCGGGCUUCGAGCGGGACCUCAACCGUGCGCUGGUUGAGGCGAAGGAGAAGCAGAGGAGGCUGGUCCAGGCCGACGAGGCCCGCUGGAAGGAGUGGGUGGACGAGGCCUUCCUGGGCGGCGCGGGAGGUUCAGCGGCCUUGGUGGACAGGGAGAUGAAGCCGUGGAUCGACAUCUGGAACUACCACGGCCUCACCAGCAUGGUGCACGACGUGAGGGAUGUGAUACGUUCGUUCCCAUGGCGCACAGGGGUGGGCCAGUCGGGCAUUCCGCCGAGGGCGCUGGAGGAUCUCUCCGACGAGGCCCUGCAUGCCAUGGUUGCGGUCUACCACACUUGCGAGGAGCUCCUCGCGUGGCCGAGUGGCCGCCUCAUCAACGCCAUGGUGAGGCUGCCCAAGCCUGACGGGGGCUGCAGGCUGAUCGGCCUCAUGCCGACCUUGGUGCGAGUGUGGGGUCGAGCAAGAAGGCCGAUCACCAACGACUGGGAGCUUGCCCAUCCUUCGGCCCUGGUUUGGGGCACGGGCCCUGGACGCUCGAGCUCCGACUCCGCGUGCGAGCUGAACCUGGCCAAGGAACAGGUUCGCCUGGGCGGCUUGGACUCGGCCCAGGUGGCCCUCGACCUCUGGAAGGCCUACGAGCUGGCGGCGCCAGAGGCGCAGAUGGUGGAGGCACGAGCGCUGGGGUUCCCUAUGAGGUUGGCGUGGAUGCUGUUGAGCACCUAUCGGCAGCCAAGGACGCCGGCGGCGUUCAAUACCACGUCGGCCCUCUUCGUGGCCUGGCAAAGGAAUAUUGCAGGGUGCGGCCACGCCAACUCGCUGCUGAUGGUACUCACGCUCCGCGCGCUGCAGAGAGCGCACGCCAUUGCGCCGUCGGUGACACCGCGUGGCCUGGUGGACGACGUAACCCUGGACUGGAGUGGACCACGGGGCGCGUCCGACAACAGCGUGUCCGAAGCGCUCACAAGCUUCUCGUCGAGCAUGGUGGAGCUCAGGCUAGUCAUGCAGCCGCAGAAGUCGGGGUGCCUGGCCUCCUCCAGACUGAGGGCGCGGCUGCUGGCGCCCUCUAUGCGGUGCGCGGGCAUCGCGGGAAAAGCCCUCGCGGCCAGGCGCAGCCGAGUGGCCAUGCUCAGGCGGGCCGCUGGAAGGCGCGCAGCGGCCCUGAUACCCGCGGGCCUAUCCCCGUCGGCCGGCCAUGGCGCGGGCGUAGCUGGCCUGGCGGAUCGGCCGCUGGCACAGCUGAGGACGGUGGCGGCGGCCACGGCGGGUGCCAAGGCGGGCUGUGGUACCGCCGCGGUCAUGCUGCUGCAGCGGCGCGUGGACUUCGACCCGAUCUACGCAGCCACCAUCCCGCUGGUGACGCGCCUGGCCAGCCGCAUCUGGGAGGGCCGAGGAUCCCUGGCCAGCCUGAGCGCCAGCUGGGGCAAACUGGUUGAGGCGGCGAGGGCGGGCGCGCUGUCCUGGGCGACGAUGCAAGGCCCGCUCGGGGCCACGUGGCUCACGCUCGGCCGCAUCGGCUGGACGAUGACAGCGGCGUGGGCGCUGCAGACCGACCUGGGCGAGACGAUGUCCAUGCUGAGGGUGGCCCCGCGGGACAUCAAGGACGCCCUGGUGGAGGGCAUCCAGCGCUGGCAGUGCAGGCGGCUGGUAGCCCACCUGCCCGAGGGCCAGUGCGAGACCCUCUGGCCGAAGGCAGUCCGCGCCGUGGCGUGCAAGACGAGGCCCGCUGCGGAGCUGGGGGCCAUUCAAACGGUUUGGGCAGGAGGGCACUUCACCAACGCCUGGAGAUACGCCAGAGGACACGCCGACUCCGACACGUGCCAGGCCUGCGGGGGAGCCAAGGACACGCUCAUGCACAGGUGGUGCGCGUGCCCUGCCCUUAUGGCACCGCAGGGCGAAGAGUUGGAGCACGAGGAGCCGUUCCGCAAGCCGAUUGCGGGGAUGCGCCGCCAGCUAGAGGAGGCCGAGCAGAAGUGGACCAUCGGGGGCAGCGAGCUGCCACUGUCGCACGACCUGCCGCUGCUACCUGCCAUGCCGCCGCCUGCGCCGUCGGACAACGUGGUCCUGGAGUGGGGCGCCACGCAGGAGGGCUGGCCGUCGGUGGUAUACACGGACGGCUCAGGGCACGCCUCCAGCGACCCCGAAGCGGGCUCCGUCCAGGUCAUCGUCAACGACCUGCAGGCCCUAGUCACGGAGGGCAACGACUGGUCCCCGACGGCGCAAUCGGCCAGGGGACGGCACGCCAGCACCUGGCGCCAGCUCCAUGCGGCUGCAGCGAGGCGCGGGGGACAGCCGCCGCGCUUCCGAUGGGUGCCCGCCCACCGCAGCCUCCAACAAGCGCUGGACGAGGGCAUGCGGCCCCUGGGCUGGCUGAGGAACUGCUGGGCGGACUUGUUCGCCAACCUCGGCGCGGGGGAGGCCAGGCUGCCCAACAACACGGUGGAGGCGCUGCAAGCGAAACCCCAGCGCGCCCUGAACACGGCCACGUUCCUGGGCUGGGCGGCGGCGCGCAUCUGCCAACUGGACCUGCGGAUGCCCCUCGGCGAAGAUGGCAGACUCCAGCGCCGUCAGGUUUGGAGGGGGCCCGCGGCCCCAAAGCUCAGCCUCACGAGGCGCGAGUACCAGGUCAUCAGCUCGUGCGGAGUGCAAUGUGUGCACUGCGGCAGGGGGGCCUACACGGCGAGGGCACGGACGCUGUUGGACUGCAGACCCUGCCAGACUACGGAGCUGGGCAGGAUGCGGGCCCACUGCAACCAGGGGCGGCCACUGGCGAGUUCAGCAGCUGUCAAUGCGAGCCUGCAGGCGGCUGAGCGUCUGGAGGAGGAGGAGCUCCUGCCCACGAGCGGGGCGCACACCACGGCAGAGGACCAUGAGUUGACGUUGCAGCGGAAGGUCGACCACCUGCUGGAGGCGGCCAAGGGUGCCCCUGCCGCGAGGCCUGCCGACACGGAGGCAUCUGGACCGCCAAAGGCACGGUGGUCGCAACGACCCGUUCUUCGACCCGACCGAAGCUGCGAGCAGGGCGCCGCGGGGCGCGUGGGCUUGGCGUGGCCGCAGGAAGGCAACGACCUCUUCGCCACCGAAGCGUGGGACCGCGCUGGGCCGCUGGAGGCCGCCUUGGGCGCACUGGCUAGCUCCUGGAUCGUCGACCUGAUGGACCAGGGCCUGGCCUACGCGCUGCUGGACGAGGAGGUCUACCGCGGCUUCUUCGCGCAUAACCGCGACGAGAUGCGCAGCGCGGAGCAGCUGAGGCGGGCCGAGGAGUUCUGCGAGAGAGGAUGGCGCGGCGGCGGGCCUUUCAGGGAGGCCCACGUCGACGAGACGCUCCAGCUGGGGGGCGAGGCCAGACAAGCCAAGCUCCAGGGGCUGAGGGACUACCACGCUGCGGCGCGCGCCUUCCUGUGCGAUCGUGGGAACGCACGGCGCGCUGGGGGCAGACGUGGGCCUCUCUACUUCACCUUCUUCGAGCCCGUGGGCGGAGCGUAUGGAGGUGGGAGCGGCGGCCGGCGACAGAGCGGUGCGGCCCAGCGGCGAGGGCGCUCGAGGUCUCGGACGAGCAGCCGUACCAGCCAGUCGCAGGGCCCCGCGGGAGGCCGAGCCGAGCCGCAGAGGCCUGCGCUGCCGCGGCCAAGGGGCGUUGCGGAUGGCCCACCACGGCCAGUGGGCCCGCGGGCCGCCCACGCCCAGCGGCGCAGGCGCAGUGCGAGGCGGUCGGCCAGCAGGCCCCGCUCUCGACGCGCGCGGGGCCAGCCCGCGGCCCAUGCCAAGGACGAGCGCAACAGCAGCCCCGACCCUGACGCGGCGAUCGGCCUGGAGGUGCUCCGCAGCAUGCUGAGGGCCGCGGAGGACUCCUGGAUGGCUUGGGCGGCGCAGUGCGCCCUCGCCUGGCUGGCCAGGCCCGACAAUGAGGACGCGAGGGCGGCGGCUGCGAGGCGUGCAGGCUCAAUAGGCUUGCGAGCGCUGGCCCAGGCGAUGGUCAGGCAAGCGUGGCUCUUGACAGCGGACGCGCGGCGCAUCACAGUGGGGCACCUGGUGGGCCUGGAGACCCUGGAGGACUGGCUGCACGUGGCUGCCCUGCAGCGGGCCACACUGGACGACGUCUGCUGCGCCAUGGGGGACGUCAUCGGCGAGGCGGGGGCCAACCUGCCCGCGCUGCCUGGCUUCGCUGGCGCCCUGCCCGGCCUGGGCCCCGCUGGCUCUAGCGAGCAGCCAUCCCGCCAAGCUGGCCUGCCGCGGCCCCU